AUGCACGCAUGCUUCAGUGAUUUGUCAUGACAGGUUCUUCGAGUCUCUCUACUAGGAUCAGACUUCUCAAAGAACGCUGACUCCACCAUCACCACGAGAACAGCCAAGAUGACCGAGGCAAAGUCGGAUAUUCACCUCUACACAGACCAGACGGCUAAUGGCAUCAAGAUCUCGAUGCUCCUAGAAGAGCUGGGGGUUCCUUAUAAGGUGACGGCCAUCGACAUCUCAAAGAACACCCAGAAGGAACCAUGGUUCCUGGAAAUCAACCCAAACGGACGCAUCCCAGCCCUCACCGACACUUUCACCGAUGGCUCGCCCAUCCGGCUGUUUGAGAGUGGCUCUAUCAUGCAGUACCUGGUCGACAGGUAUGACACGGAACAUAAGGUUUCGUAUCCGCGUGGCACGCGGGAAUAUUGGGAGGUGAACAACUGGCUCUUCUGGCAGAUGGGCGGGCUCGGCCCCAUGCAAGGUCAAGCAAAUCACUUCGCGAGAUACGCCCCUGAAAAGAUCCAGUACGCUAUCGACAGAUACCAGAACGAGACUCGCCGCUUGUACCGCGUCAUGGAGACCCAGCUGAGCAAGUCCACGUCCGGGUAUCUCGUCGGGGACAAAUGCACCGUUGCCGAUCUAGCCUGCUGGGGCUGGGUGGCGGGUUCUAACUGGGCAGGUGUGUCACUGGAUGACUUUCCCCAUCUGAACGCCUGGCUUGACAGAGUUCUGGCGCGUCCUGGCGUCGAGAGAGGCAGGCAUGUGCCGAAGAAGCAUACUGCCUUGGAAAAUAGGCACAAGACGGAGGAGGAGAUGGACAAGGAGGCUGGGAAAACCAGAGCGUGGGUGCAGCAAAGUAUGGCGGCCGAUGCGAAGAAAUGAGGAUGUUCGCCGACUGGACGCGAUAUUGGUAGAGAGUAUUGCGGUUGAAGAAUAA